UUCAAGGAGUCGGCACGGCGCGCAGCUCAACACUGAACUCAAUAUGCGCACUACAUCACAUCGACUUGCGAUCUUCGUGCUAAGUCUUCUGUUUCUUGUAGCAGUUUUCUGUCUAAGCUCUUCUGGUGUUGAUGGUUUACCGACACAGUCCAAACAUUAUUCAGAGCCAACGCCCACGGGAAGUAAAAAGGCUGUCAAUUCACAUGCCACGAAGGAGAAACACGAAUCGCCUGAUCGCCAUGUCACCAAGAAACCCAUUAAGAGUGAAGAAAAUGUAAGAGAAGGCACAGCUAAACAAGAACAUGUGCUGAAAGAAACUGAAGGCAACGCGACAGAGAAAUCUGCUUCUGCAGACAGGAGUAACGGUUCGAUAUCCAAAGGACAGGAAAACUUAACCAUUUUAAGACAUAUCAACGAUCCCUUUUUGUCUUUAGAUUUAAAUUCCAAAAGUGAAGUUCUCAAGCGAAACUCAUUAAUUAGAGUCGUUGCUGCUGACCCGGAAUCUAUCGAUAAGCCUGUAGAAAUUUCAGUGCAAAGUUAUACUCCACCUCCAAAUGCAUCCGCUGUUAUAGAGGUUAGACCUAAAGCUUUAGAUAAUUAUCAAAUAAAUAUUAGAAACCAUCCCGAUGAAAGCUUAUGGUCUGGAUAUCAAUUUCAACCACUUGAUACAAAUGGAAUGCAAAAUUGGUAUUUAGAUCAGUAUCAGCCAGGUCUAUCGUACGUACCAACAGAAGAAUUUCUGCACACUCAGAGUUUGUCAAACAAUCCUGUGUUUCAUUCUCAGUUCUCAAAUGUGCACCCAGUGCAAAAAGCAGUACACGGCAACCCAGCAACUUCUCUGAGAUCGCCAACAAACCGUGCUCAGGAAAUGUCAUCAAUGUUUUUGCAUAACCAGAGGAAAAGUUCACAUCCUGAUCAUAACUAUCAGUCAAAUUACGCAGUUAACCAUCCUGCACAAAUUUCCGCAUACAGGAUCGGUACUCCGCAACAGAUCCAAUAUUUCUUGCCUCAAACCAAUGUUCUACCGUAUUUCUUUCAAGAUCCAAAUGAAAUUCAUAACGCUGUCUCCACAAACAUUGUCCCCGAUUUGAAUUACUACAGGCCAGGCAUUCUGAAGUAUGUUACUGGUUCGUACCGUCUAAAGACACAUCCAAAAUUAGAAUGGGUACCUUUGUAACUAGUCUUAGGACAUGCAGGUGGUAAAUUAUUUCUAGAUAAGACACAGUUUUCUGUGUAGUGACUAGAGUACAACCUGUGCGUUGGUUGUAAUGAACACAACUUAUAAACACCGAACUUCGCAUUGUGGUUGUUAAGUAACACUUUUGUUCAGUCGUAUUACUUUGAAGCACCCUGCUCUGAAUCUUGAUCCAAAUACUGACUCUCCUAACUGGGGUUAAUCGUGGUUCCUUAUCAAAAUGAUGGAAUGUUUCAGACCCAUGUACGCCGAUGGAGGGAAAGGAAAUUUUGACAUCUGCACAUACACCCCGAAUUUUUGGAAAACAUCAAAACUGAAGAAAAGAGAGAAAUGUCCCAAUAGUAAUAAUAGAAAUUAAAAGUAUACAAAAUUAUAUUUUCCUGAAUACUUUAGGGCGAUCAUUAAAAAUAGCAUUAAACGGCUUAAACAUAUGUUUGUAAAUAAUUUCUGUCCCCCUCCCCCUCUCCCGGAUAUCUGAAUUUCCUCCUCUCUGGAAAACGCCGUGGUGGCGCCCAUCUUUAGAUCACGUCCUUCUUCUUAAUUUAUUAUUUAUAAAAAUAACAUAAUAUUUCAAGUUAAUUAAACUACCUUUAUACGAAUCAUAAACCUAGUAGGAAGUUAAUAAACACGAUAGACUGCAGCAGAAUCUCCAAUGGAAUGUCGUCAUUUGUGUUUCAACUUGCCAGAAUUAUCAUUGCUAUGUGGUU